GCGAUGUCUGUUUUCUCUGGCGAGAGCUUGGCAACGUUCAUCUUCGCGACUAGCUCGACCAUAAAUACCAGCGGUGGCCCACGCUAGGCUCAGGCUGCACUACCUGGCGCCGCACUUACCUCGAGAGUCGGAAAUGUGCUGUACAGGCUUUCAAGCAUGACUUGAGGGGACAUCUCUGAAACGCGGCCCUUCAAUGCAUGAUGACCAACGUAUCUAUCAUUUUCACCCUAUUAGGCUCUUCAUGGGGCUAUCCUCGCACACUGCACUCGGUCCUUUGACCAAACGACGGCGCCUUCUCUCGGAGGAUGGAUGGUUGCGUGACUGGACGACAUUCUAUGCAACUUACAUUUUCACCGCCGUCCCCGUUGUAUAGCUGGCGAGCCCCUUCUGUUCUCGGUCUCGCGCGGUCAACACGUAGUGAACUUUACGCAAAUCAUCUCUCCACAGACGUUUCACCGUAAUCCCUGUCCGUGUAUACAUACGCAGGGCUGACUAGGCUGAAUGAGUGUUUUAUGGUAUAAAGUCGUGAAACAGUGGCCAUUAACUAGCAUUUUCCCUAGCCCUCCAAGUUUCUAACCUAUAGACGUUCUGACCGCCCACAACUCUCAUUAUGCGCCCAGACCGUUCAGCCCUCUUAGGCUUGUGUUUGUCCGCCACCUCUGCCCUCGGAGCGCUUUAUCAAGACCCAACAGGACUUCCUCUAAAUACGACAUAUGACUAUAUCAUAGUUGGAGCUGGGGCUGCUGGAGGCGUACUCGCUAACAGGCUUACUGAAUCGUCUGACGUGAAGGUGCUUUUGAUCGAGGCAGGAUCAAGUGACUACAACAACAUCAACAUUCAGGUCCCGAGACUUGGCGGUGGCGCACUGAUCGGCUCUCAGUUUGACUGGAACUUCACGACGACGCCUGUCGAGGGUUUGAACGACCGUGUAUUGGAGUAUCCUCGUGGUUUUGUCUUGGGCGGCUCGACAUCCAUCAACUUCAUGGCGUACAGUCGUGGUACCCGUGAUGACUAUGACCGAUGGGCUAACAUUACUGAAGACGAUGGCUGGUCUUGGGACAACCUCUAUCCUUACAUGAUCAAGAUGGAGAAUCUGACCACACCCGCUGAUCAUCGCAACACGACCGGAGAAAUCAACCCAGCUGUACAUGGAUUCAAAGGACCUCUCGGCACCAGUCUUCCCGGCAUUCACACCUCCAUCGACAACCUUGUCCUCAAUGCCUCUGCCGAACUUUCGGACGAGUAUCCGUUCAACCUCGAUAUGAACUCGGGUGACUCAAUUGGAAUCAGUUGGUCACAGAAUGCGAUUGCGGACGGUGCACGUUCAAGCUCGGCGAGGGACUACAUCGCCCCAGCUCUCAGCCGCUCCAACCUCGACGUCGUUGUCAACACGCAAGUGACGAAGGUCGUGCAGACCGGGACCCAAGACGGUCUUCCGGUCUUCCAAGGUGUCGAGUUCGCUCAGAAUGCUUCCGGCCCUGUGUAUUCGUUGAACGUGAGCCACGAAGUGAUUCUGUCGGCUGGUCCAAUUAAGACACCUCAUCUUCUCAUGUUGUCUGGUAUCGGCGAUCCCGAUGUACUAUCCGCUGUUGGGAUCCAAACAAUCGUCGAUCUCCCCGACGUCGGGACGAACUUCCAAGAUCACCCCCUUCUCACCUCGGUAUGGUCCGUCAGCUCCAAUGACACCCUCGACGAACUCAAUCGCAACGCCACCCUCCAAAACGAAACCCUGAACGAGUGGCUCGCCAACCGUACCGGCGCAGACGUCCUUUCUGCCGGUAACCAGUGGGGAUGGUUGAGGCUGCCCGAUAACUCCAGCAUUUUCGAGAACACGACGGAUCCCAGUGCGGGACCCACCUCAGCGCACUACGAGUUCGUAUUCACGGAUAACUUCCUGUCGUUCACCGAGCCCGAGCCCGCGAACGGCAGCUUCUUCACCAUGUUCACCAACAUCGUCUCCAUCACCUCCCGGGGCAACAUCACCCUAAACAGCACCUCCGCCUUCACCCACCCGAUCCUCUCGCCCAACCUCCUCUCCACCGAGUUCGACAUCUUCAACAUGCGCGAGGCCGUCAAAUCCGCGCGACGCUUCAUGGCCGCGCCCGCCUGGUCGAACUGGAUAGUAGCGGAAUAUGGGACGUUCGCGCAGGCGCAGACGGAUGACGAGAUCGAUGCGUAUGCGAGGGCGGGGACGUAUACGAAUUCGCAUGGAUCGUGUACGGUGCCGAUGGGGAAGACGGGGAAUGAGACGUCGAGGGGGAGUGGGGCGUUGAAUUCGGAUUUGACGGUCAAGCAGACGGUCGGGCUGAGGGUUGUGGAUUCUACGAUCUUCCCACGGAUCCCGGCGGCGCAUACGCAGACUCCGACGUAUAUCGUGGCUGAGCGCGCUUCGGAUUUGAUCAAGGCUGCAGACGGUCGUUACAACGUUACACUUUGAGUCCCGUUCUGACAUUUAGAUAGUGUACUGGACUUCGUACGAAAAAUUAGUACUGAUACACUCUAAUCCUUCAUGACCAUAAUAUUUCUUCAUUUACGG